GUUCACUUCAAUAUUGUAAAAUGGCGUUCACCUUGUGGACUCUUUUCGAGGCAACCUUGCUCUGUUUGAACGCAAUUUGCGUUUUGAACGAGGAGAGGUUUCUCGCCAAAGUUGGCUGGAUAUCAUGGCAGAAUGUUCAAGGGUUUGGGGAGAGACCCACCAUGAAAGCACAACUUACAAACCUUGUUAGGUCCAUAAGAACAGUAGCAAGGGUGCCAUUGAUAUUUCUAAAUAUCGUAGUAAUGGUUAUGAAACUGGUACUAGGGUGAUUGUGGGUGUAAAUAAAACAACUGGGAGCUGUGAGAAGCCAAAACUAUAUGUUUUGAUGAUGUACAUAACUGGCUAUUAAAUUCCAUUAUUUUUAUCUUUCCAAGAAAA